CGCAAGAACGGCUGGGCUGCCCGUACCGAGUACCGAGUCGAUUGAGCCACGCUCAAGCUGAAUUGGCGAUCCAAAACGAUUAUCGGAGUAGCGGCAAAAAUCGGCUGUGCCGAAGUGUCCAUUUGGGAAGGUGCAUUUGGGUGCAUUCGCGAUAGACCACGUCGCGAAUAGUACGACGAACAGGACGAAUGUCGCCCAGACGAACUCGUGCAGCAUUUCAUCGUGCGUGGUUUCGGGAAUUCGAGGCGCGCUGAUUUACCGUAUCGAUCGAACAAGUUAUUCAAAUGACUCCAACUAAUGGGCAACUCCGACCAACUGCUAUUUCCACUAGAUCUAAGGCACAGAAGGAAGUCGAGAAAAAUGCAAGCCAGGAUGUGGCCAUAUCGGUGCAAAGAACCAGGCAGAGGAAGAAGUCUGUUGCUGCUAAGCAGAGCACCAAAAAGCAAUCACCUGAUAUAGAAGUAUCAGUAAUAAAAUCCACAAAGAAAACUUCUCGCCGAAGACUAAACUUAGACAAAGUAGCGGAAACAAAGGAUACAUCUGUUGUACAAAAGGGCAGCGAUGUGGAUUCUAAUUCAUCGAUUGCACUAUUAAGAAACAAGUAUUGCGAUAGUAUUGCAAUGGUAGAACUCGUCAGGACUGAUUUAGCUCAGAUGAAUACUUCAAAGAAUUCAGAGAAAAUGUCUAAUGGAAAAUUGCAGCAAAAGACCUCUGUCACAAAUGUGAAGUCAUCACCUCUCGUAAUCACUCCCAAAAGCACCCCUCCUAAACUCAGUCUUACACCUCACAGAUCUAAAAAGACACCCAAAAAAUCGCCGAUCUCCUUAGGCUCUCCAAAGACGCAUUCGAUAGCCAUACCGAAACUGUUAAAGAGUCCAAGAAAGUUAUCUCUUGUUGUCGCAGGCAAUAAUUCCAAUUCGGCCGAUAAAAAGGCGUCACCAAAGGCAAAAAGUGAACGUAAGAAAUCUGGUAUAAAUUUAAAGAGGAUAGUACAUAAAUUUUCGAAAUCGCCGAAAAUAGUAUUGAGGUCGCCGAAAUCAAAAUCAAAAUCGCGCAAAUCGAAGUUAUCUUCGUCCCAGAUGAGUAGAAGCUUAGUAAAAGAGUCUCCUACUAGUCCUUGCACUAAACUAAAUUUUGACAACGCCAAAUUGUCCAAAAUUAGCACAAAAGAGUCUCCCUUUAUCAAGAAAAAGAAUCUGUCACAGAUCAAACAACGUUUAUUAAAUCCAAAAAUAAUGAAAACCUUGUCAGCUUCACAAAUAAAAGAUGUGUGUGCGGAACCUGUAGUACUAUUGGAAAAGCUGUCGCCCGAGACUGUGAAACGAAAAUACACUUUAAUGACUACUAGCAAGAAUCGAUCAAACUCUUUACCCAAAAUAGGAUAUUGCUCAGUUAGUAUAAGGAGAGAAAGCAAUUUUAAGGUGUUAACACCAGUUAAAAAAGUUUCUCUAAGCAAGUCUCCUAAGCGAAAUUCCAGCACUAAAUUAAGGAAUAAUAGUAUGGAGAAAUUACAAAUUAGUAAUAUCAACAGAAUAUCACCAAGAAUUAAACAUAAUACAUCAAUACAAGAGGAUAAGUCAUCCGUACCUUUAAUGUCGUCCACUCCACGAGAGGAAAAAAUGAUAUUUAUGGACACUAGCUUGUCGUCCAAUACUUCUAUUGCUUCUAUAAAUAACACAUCUCUUAAUAGUAGAUCAAGAUCUAGGAAUCAAUCCAAUGUGCAGCUGUCUAGUACAAUAGAUAAAAAUACAGACAUUGAAAAUGUAUCUGAACCUUCUCUAUUUGAUCAAGAAAUUAAUACUAGUCAAUCUCGCUUCUCAAGUGCCAAGAACGUAAAACAAGACGUCACUUAUGACAAGGAUAAUAAAAUAGAAGAGAGCCCAAAAAACAGUAAAGAUAACACUUAUGAACUGGAACAACCACAUACAUCAAAUUUACGACAAAUGAUUAACAAACGUACUGUGUCAGAUGCGAAUUUAAACAUGUCCUUGAAGGACACUGUUAAGAAAACUAAAGUACGCUUUGCGAAUGUAACGUCUGACUCAGACAGUGAACAAAAAUCAAUUAAUAAGUUGAAUGGAUCAAGCAUAUUAGAUAAUAUUAGUACACAUAGCAAUAAUGUCAUAAGUUCAGCACACAAAUCGAAAAAAGAAACUUCAAAGUUCAUUCGAAACUCAUUAAUUUCUUCUAAUAAGAGAUCAAGUCUAAGAAGCAUGCCGCAAGCUCAAUUGAGUAAAAUUCAAAUUACACCCAAAACCAUUGCACCAGUUGAAAAAAAAUCAGAGAAAAAAUCAUCGACGAAAAAAGUACCAAAUUUCGGAAGGAUACAUGAGCAAAUGUUUGCUAAGUCGGAAUCGCUCGUGGAUGUAAAGAAACGUUUGGCAGCCAGACACUCAGCGUUCACUACGAAUAAAACUCCGAAAGCAGACAUGAAGACAGAAGGAAAGAAGCCAUUACCAACUGAUACAAAAGACGGUGUACACAAUAGAUUUGGGUUUAAGUUGAAAAAACCAGAAGCCACUCAUCUUGUGUUGAAAAAACAUACUGUUUUUUCAAGGGAAAAGCAACAAAAUGAAACGCGAUUGAUGCUGCAGGGUGUACGAAUAAAUCGACGGUUCGAACUGCAAAUGAAGGCUCGCAAUUUAAAUCCAUAAAGAUCUAUACUUCAUGCUGCAUGUUCCUCGAUUUUUCUUUUUAAUAUAAUUUAUCAUAUAAGUUUUUCUCUUUUGAAAUACGUGUUUUUGCUAAUAUAUACUAAUUUAAAAACUUUAGGGGAGAGAAGACAUUCAAGAAAUAUUUUAAGUAUUUGAUUAUAUUCAUGUAAAUAUUAAGAAAUACUUGUAUCAUAUGUUGUCCUUUUUUCCUUCUGAAGGAACAACUCUAAAAUAUUGUUACAUACAUAAUCAAUUUACAUAUAAACAAUUUCUUAUUAUAUGUAAAAGAAAAAUUAGAUGAAAAUUAAAUACAUUAAUAAAAUAUUUCUUUAACAUAUGGUUGUACAAAAUUGUUUUCAUGAUAAGUAUAAUUAUAAUAAGCAAUAUGUUUUGGGGUUUUUUUACAUAUUGCUUUACAAGUAUGCCAGCCUAAAACAGACCUAACAUCUUUUACAAAAUUACAUAUUUUUUAAAGUAAUUUUAAAUCUUGCAAUGAAAUAAAAGGCCUUUGAAUUAUUAAUUACGAGGACAACAAAUGAUUUAAUAGUUAAUAAAAUGGCUAAGAGAUAAUAAGGUAAUUUCUAAGAUAAGCAUUAUAUAUUUUUGUGUUUGUUUUUAAGCCACACAUUUUUGCGUAUUAAGAUUAAUAAGUCUUAAUAAGUCAUUUGGUUUAAAAAAAAAACUGACUUGACCAGCUUUUUAUUUAAGUGAUCCACAAAUAAUAUAGUUUAAUUUAUCUUUAUAAUUGAUAUUAGCUAUUAAGCUAAUAUUAGCAAUAUUGCUAAAUAAGCUCGUAUAAAGAUUUAAUACAGUACUUAAUAAAAAUGUUCUAGCCCAUCUUUGAUAAUAAUGGUGUAUAAAUUAACUCUUAGUACGCACGAUAAUUUUCCAGUUCUCUAGACACGAUAGGUCGUUCGUGUCUGGAUUAAUUUUCAUCAUUUUUCCAAAUAUACUUAAUAAAAAAUUAUUAAGUGAUUCUUACAUAUACUUUAACAUCUUUAGAAAAUAUUAAUUUGUGUUCAUAAAAAAAUGUAUAUAAAUAUUACGUAAUUAAUUAUAAUAUUUUAAGAAAAAGAAAUACACAGGACACGGAUGACCCAAUCGUAUAUACUAAUGGUUAAUUAUAAAAUUAUUUCUCAUAAUUUCAGAAACCUAAUUUGGUAUCAUUUGGUAUCAUUUCUAAAAACUUGUCCUUUGUGUAUAUAUAUAUGCAUAUGUGUACGUGAUAUUUAAUGUGCAUUACUUAAUAAUGUCUAUGACAGAAUAGCUUUUUUUUGUUAGCUUUGAAAGUAUCUUUGAAAGGUAACGCGAAAAAACCCAAUCCAAAAAAAAAUUGCAUCACUAAAUGAAAGAUUAUUUUAACAGGAAGGAUGUAAAGGUCAAUCGCCUUUUUUCAGAUAGUUUGAUGGUUAAAAUGGAUAUUAUGGCAUUUUGUCUAAUCGAUCUCUUUAUUAUAAUACGGAAGGUUAAUCAAAUUAAAAAUUUGUGAGACAAGAAGCCAAAAUGAAUUUUUAGUUAAGAUUUUGACUUUGCAAGUUAAAAUCUUUUUUGAAAGCUCUGAUAUUAUAAGAUUAUUGAAAAACCUUAAUGAUUAUUGAAAUUUUGUACUAAAAAGAAAGAAAUUAACAUCUAAGGUAAUACUGGCCUUACUUUGCUGAAAUUUUUUUUAAAUGAGAGUAAGAUUAUCGAGUAUAUAUACAAAUUGUAUAUAUGUCGCAUACUAAGCAAAAUUCAAUGUGUAAUCUAAAAAAAAGGAUAAAAGAAUGAUGUAUUGUGUUUCUAUAAUAAAGAUUCUUUCUAUCUUGUCUAUAAAAAA